GUACAAACUCACCGUUAAUAAGACAGCCUCACACCCCAUAUCCCUCCUCUUGACUUCAUGAUACCUACGCCUGCGCCAGCGUAGUGUAGUACCUAGUCCCUCUCUGGUCGACGCAUUCCCGCCGACCUGUUUUGGCCCGACCUACCGAUCUAGCCCUGCGUACCCUGCCCGAUCUCAAACCAUUACAACCGCAGUUUGCACCAAAAGUCGCGAUUUCUACUUCAACUUGAAGAAAAAGGGUUUUCUUUGUGUCGGGCAUUAUUGUCGCCAGCCGUCGGUCGAUAUUCGGCCACCCCUCAUCUUACAACAAGUCUUCAUUGUCCCUGCGGUUAGAUCAUCUCCAGACGGGGGCGUGACGGCUGUCAGAUCGAGACGAGAAGGUCUUUGCACAAAAAGAGACGUAUACUUUGACAGGCAGAAGCGCGACAGAGUGCGAUUCAAGUGGUUGAGGUAUGUUGGGCGCGGGCCAUGCAUCUGCACGAUAGACAUCAUCGUCCAAGAAGGAAGGCCUCGGCGUAAACUUGGGCCAGAGUCGACGACAUGCCUUCUGCGGUAUCAAACCAGAACAAUUAUUAUGCCGCGCAUCAUCGUCGACAGUCCUCCCAGUCGCAGACUAAUUUGCCGGACCAGAUCAGAAACUCCCCCUCGCAACUUCAGUCCCCAAAUCGAUCUCUCGUCUUCCUACCUUCGACCGCUUAUGCCCAGACGCAGUCGACACCGCAACGCACUAGGACACCCUCAGUCCCGUCGGCUUCGAAAUCAAACCUGAAAUUAGAGAUUGCGCCGACCGAAGAAGGAUCAAGCGAUCCGCAUGAUUUCUACAGACAAUACCAUGAUCCUUUCACCAAUACCUCGCCCCUAGCCCUACACCAAGAAGCGAUUCGUACCACAACUUUUGAAGAGGAGGACGAGAAUCGAGCCGCAACACGAAAGUCUAGUUUCGCAUCAGCUAAAUCGAAUGAGGAUAGAGGUGGAAGAUCGGCCAGGAGUUCUGUCGGUAGCCGAAGACCGACUAUUAACACCCAGAAUCUGUCUAAUGGCACCUGGGAGAACGGAACCGCAAAAACCUUGCUGAAGUCGAGGAAGGCUUCAUUCAAGGAUCUUGUGGCGCGCUUCGAUGCCUCUCCGGAGGAAGUGCCGCCAUUACCAACACAACUUGUUCCUGGGCCCUCUUCGAGAACUGCCAGCCCCAUGCCGUACACUUCCAUCGAUCCCUCGAACACCUAUGCGAGCAGUCUUCCGCAGUUGAAGAGACCAGAUUCAAGGCUCUCCCACUCUACGAAGAUGACAUCCCCUAGCAUAGGAAUUCGACCUCAUGGGACUGGUGUUGGCGGUCGCCAUCGAGGAAAUUCCUCCGUGGCUGCUUCGGAACAGGCGGCGAACAACACCAAAGCUGCGGGAAGUGGACGCAAACUACUGUUUGGCGAAGUUCUUCCUUCAGCGACCCCAGCCCCGGCUGCAGGCUAUGGCAUAUACAAUGCUCGCCGAAGAACGGGUUCGGAAGCGUCCCCAAUGCACAGCCCCAACCCGAUGUUUCCGUCGAGUUCUACGAACAUGCGACAGCCUGGGGAAUCGACAUCUGCAUCAAAGCACAAUAGGCAAUAUCUAGGUCCAAGCAGUAAUACCGAGCCGAAUAGGCCGAUUGCUCCCGGCCCGAGUCAUCGUCGAGCAAACAGCGACUUCGCAGGAGCCUCGUCAAGCCUCCCUCGUGAAAGUAACUCCCCAACCACGAGGCGUGAAGGUAAAGACACUUCACCUAAAGGAGGUGCAAUAUCUCGUAUUCCUGUCAGCGUCCGGCACAACCGCAAUGCGUCAGAACCUGCAAACGUCUCUCCUACGACUGGCUUGAACUCUCAGCUGCUUCUGCGGGCAAAUGGCUUACGUCAGUCGCCCACGAACGUUGCUCCUUCUACAAGUCGUAAAGCUCCUAGCCCGCGCAGAGGACGUCGUUCUCCUAUCCAGAUUAAGAGUCCUGGAAGGACAGCUAAGCCGGGAGCAGGAUCGAGCGAGAAGAGCCCUUCAUUGAGAGCAAACAUCAUUGCUCCUCCACCAAAAAUCUCACCUCCCCUGAGAAGCUCAAGACCUCGGCUGCCUGUGUCCUCUGCUUCGACUGCCGCGUCCCGUGCGAAAAUGGCGGAGAAGUUCCAGACAAUGGCCAAGCAGCAGAGCGAUAGCAGAGCUUACCGGCGUCAAAGACCUCCUGAACUCACAGAUAUUGACCUAAAGGCUCGUCGAUUGAAAAUCACACAAGCAUUGACAAAGUCCAAAGAGGGUCAGGAUCUGAAGGGUGGGAGCGGAGCAACCCGAACAAGCUCGACGGCGACGAGCCGCAACAACAGUAUAACGCCUUCGACACCUUCGGGCGAUGCGGACAAUCUCGAACCUCCCACACAAGGCAAUGUGGAAAUCCCGGCUGUCGUUGUGGACGAACCGAUCACCAUGGAGGACAACUCUGAAGAACGUGCCUUUUACAACCAGGACCAGGAAGCCGAAGAUCGACGGGCCUUCACCCAGAAUGCUCUUCAAAUCGUUGAAGGAGGUGCUGCUUGUUCUGCAGAUGAUUUGGAUUCACCCACACUCGGCCAUGGGGAGUCGACAUUUAGCAGCAUACCGUACAGCCUCAAUACGCAUCUGCAGCCUCGGCAAGAUGAACAAGACCCUCGCUCUGCCAUCACGGAAGGCACUGUGGCAACGGAAGCAACCAUGAUAGAUGUCGAGCCUCAAGCUGAUGCACCUCAGCUUGAGCCGGUGCAGUCCCUUCUCGACCAGAUCAGUGUUCUUCGGAGUCAUGGCUCCAGAUCACCACUGUCUGAAACUUCACAUGCGUCAGGAGAGAAUUCCGACCAUGCUGAUGGAGUAUCAGUGCAUCUGAUGCUGCGCGACACCACAUAUCUAGAUGACCAAGAAGCAGCUGAGAAAGGAUAUCGACCACUGAUACCACCUGCGGAAACCUUGCCCGCCCCACCAACAUAUCACAGAAGCUCUUGGACGUCCUCGAUAGAAGCGGAGCAGCGCGAAUCAGAGGUCGAAGACGUCGACAUAGAAGAUAAGGUGGGCUAUGAUCAGAAAGAGGAAGCUGUGGACGCCGAAUCUGACGGCUUCUCGGACGUCGGUCGCUCGAGCGUGGGGGGCGAUUCGAACAGAGACACAUAUGCCAGUGAUGCUUACACGAUAGUCAACAUUGUGUUACAGCAACAAACGCCUUCAGGAGUCGUUGACCAGCAGCUUGUGGACGAUAUCUAUCACCGAAUCAUCCAGACGUCUCCGGAUCUGGCCGAUGCUGAAAACGUGGACGAAGAAAAGGUACUACGCUUGUGCCUUAAAGAAUUAGAAGACUAUAACUCUAAAUGGACCCGUGAAUCUUCACGUUCGCCGCCAGCUGAAUCCGAGCAGACCCAGCCGCGGUUGACCGAUAAAACCCGCACUGAAGCAUCACUGAGCGCAGACCAUGAUGCUGCAGACGACUCAACAAAUACAAUGGACGAGAGUCACGCCGCCUCUACCUCUGAUCGUGUAGUCCCUCCGCCACCACCCCAAAGAUAUCGAUCUCAUCACAGAUACAAGUCCAGCCUUGACAGCGCAGAAGAUUGGGCCGAUACCUCUCCGUCCGUUACGGACUGGAUACAAUUUGCGGCUCAAUCCCCCAAAGACGUUCAACCACGCCGGCAGCAGUCCUCUCUGGCCCACGAAACCUACCCUGGUGAUAGAUCGGUCACACAAGACACAGAAGCUUUCAGGCAGAACGAGCGGGAACAGCGAAGAAGCGAGUCCUUACCCUUGACUACUGAAUGGGAUAUACCGCGGCCACCGUCGCAUUCUCCACCCCCACCACCUGCUGCAAUGAUGCCGUCAAUCGCUCAGACAUCCUGGUCGGCCCCAGCCGGCGUGAUACCGCCGAGCAUCCCAGCAGCUCCGCCAUCCAGACCACUGACUGCGGUUUCUCAGUUAUCAACGCGGUCGAGCAUUGAUCAGCAGGCGAUGCCGUCUGGAUCUACCACAGCAAGACCUUCUACAGAGGAACAGACACCGGAGCAACGUCGCCUCAAUAAGAGGCGGCAUGUCCUCAAGGAACUCGUCGACACUGAGUACACCUAUGAAAGAGAUAUGCGCGUGCUGUGUGACAUCUAUAAACAGACCGCUGUUGCAGCAAUAAGCGACGAGGACAUCAAGAUCAUCUUUGGAAAUGUUGAUGCUGUGCAGCAGUUCUCGAAAGAUUUUCUCGGGUUACUCAAGCAGGUCGUCAAGCCGGCCUAUGUUAUGGAAAAAUCCGAUCGACGAAAAGAUGGCAAUCGAGCUUCAACUGUGCAUAGUUCCGCCGGUUCGACGGAUGGCAUUGCUGACAUGACUGAUGCUGAGAAGGACGAGCUCACCAGGGUUGGUCAAGCAUUCGAGGCAUCAAUAGGUGACAUGGAAAAAGUCUACACGGAAUACAUACGGACCCGACAUCCCGCGAACAAGAGACUGGAAGCUUUGCAGUCGUCUUCCGCGGCUCGAGAAUGGCUGAAAGAGUGCAAGGAAAAUUCCAGCGACAUUACCAACGCCUGGAGUCUGGACGCGCUUCUUGUCAAACCCAUCCAACGCAUCACCAAAUAUCCCCUCCUCCUCACUCAGCUGGUGGAAACGACCGCGGAUACCCACCCUGAUGCCAGCUUCCUCCGAAGAGCACUUGUCGAGGUUACAGAGGUCAAUGUGCGCAUUAACGACGUCAAAAAGCAUACCGAACUGGUUGACCUAGUGCUCAACAGGAAGAGAAAAGAAUCUGAUGUCCGCAAUGGCUUGACCAAAGCAUUCGGACGCCGCGCAGAAAAAUUGAGGCAGCAUGUUGGCAUCAACGAAAUGUAUGAGGAUGAGGAAUAUGCCAAAAUCAAGAUCAAGUACGACAACAACAUCGCCCAUUUGUUCCUGGUGUCCAAAGACUGUCAAGGAUAUAUUGAAGCGAUCACCAAGUGGGUGACUCGAAUGUGUGAAGUGGCAGCCGCAGCCGAGGCAUGGGUCGAUGUCGGCCACACCAAUCACUCGCAAGCUGAGAGCAGACUGCGGCAGUUCGCUAUAGUCAUUCGAGGUAUCAACUCGAUGGCGCUUCCCGACCACAUUGAUCAGGUAAACAGACGAGUAGUGGGACCCAUGGAGAAGACUGCCUCUAUGUUGGAGAGGUUCCAAAACGAUCCCAAAGGGCUGAUCCAAAAAAGGGAGAAGAGACUGCUCGAUUACAACCAGUUCAAGAACAGGAAAGAGAGGGGUGAAAAGAUCGACAAGAAGAUGGCUGAGCGUAUGGAGCAGUGGGAAGCUCUCAACCUUGAAGCCAAGGAGCGAAAGAGACGCCUACUCAAAUCCACAGCUGACUUGGUCCUGUCAUGUCAGGCGAACCUCAUUCAGCUUCACCUCAGUUGGUUGGCAAUGUGCAAACAAAAGUUUUCAGCCGCCAUGGAAAUUCCACUCGACAAACUCGAGCAAUCUGAUAUUGUCAAAGAUUGGCAAGAGGAUUUCGACUAUCAAGAGGCGUCGGCGCUCACGUUGAGCAUCUGUAACGGCUCUCUACUCGCUGAGGCUGGCAACCUGCUUUCUUUCUUGACUCCAGGUACGACGUUGCUAGGUGAGGACUCGCCCCGUCAACCAUCAUGGAACAGCCUCGGCAAGCGAUCGAUCUCGAUGAACGACGAUAGCCUGAACAUGGCAUUAUACCAGCGGCAAAGUGAAGGAUUGGUCAGCUCAUAUAGCAACGAUCCAAGCGAUCCAAGCGCCUUCAGUUUUGCAGAUGGCCGGAUUCGUGCCGCUUCUGCAGCUUCUGGAAGGAUACUCAGAACUCCAGAGACAGGAUCUCGCGGCGCGCCUUCAGUCCACACCGUCAAUAGCACCAGCGCGUCUCGGCCAGGGACCAGUCCAGGCCUCCCUGAAGUUCCUCCUCCUCGGUUGAGCUUGGAGGCACCGUCACCAUUCCUUGGUCCGUUAUUGAUAGAGUCAUCUCCAACGAAUAGACACCUCUCUACCUCGACAUUCUAUUCUGCAACUCCUGGUCCAAGUCAAUCACAGCCUCAUCUGCCAACACCCGUCGGCCACAUCUUCUCCUCCGCCAUGCCUAUGGAUGAGGAUAAUCAGCCUCUGGAAGAAGGAGAGGUGGCUGAACCCCGACAGGAACCAGGCGUGUUGUUCACAGCUGCGAGCGUCUAUGAAUUCAACAUUGAUCGAUCGCGCCAGCAAGGAGGCUUCCGCUAUCUCACGUAUGUGACUGGUGAGAUCUUCGACGUGAUCGCUGAGCAUGGGGAAUUAUGGUUGGCCAUCAACCAGGAUGACCCAACCAGAGAGAUUGGCUGGAUUUGGAACAAACAUUUUGCCAAACUUGCAGGAUGAAAGGCCGAGCACAUCCGCCUACAUGUGAAUGAACUGCGAGGUCAACUAUCAUGAAUGAGCUUGGAUAAUUCGACUUUUCACCACAACCAGCGUCUAUUUUCUUUGUUGAGACGAGGGCUCUACUCUGUCCUGUCUCCUGUCUUCGACAGGCAUGGUGGGCUAGGAGUACUAAAAGCAAACACGACAACUUUUCACGAACAUUUCGAGUACACAAGCCAUAGAAAAGGAGCUAAUGGGCUGGGAUUGGUAGGAGCUUUGUUUUUCUUCAAGCGUUCGAGCGGGCUCAAAAUUCGGCGUUGGAAUGGACCUUGGGGACGACGGGAGAGAAAAUGAUGUACAUUAGCGAUGAUGAUGACUUGAAGCUGGAAGGUGACUCGACGUUCGACGUAGUUCGUAACUUGGAUGAUUUUGCUACCAACAUAUCAAAUUCUUU